UGUGUGACAUGCCCCGGGGCACCAGCGAUAUCCGCCUGUUCUACGCCAACAUGCGGAAGAUGAUUCUUUCUGUGGUUGGCUAUUCCAGUGUCGACCAGGAUGGAUUCCAGCAGCCUCCUGGACGUCCCUUGGAGUUGGACAGAUUUGAGAACUCUGACAGACAUAUGAAUACAACGUUGGAUGUUCUUCCUGUUAAAGGACCUCAGGAUCCUCCAAUACCUGUAAAAACUGAUGAUCUGGUUCAGAAUAAAAUGGAUGCUGAAGAGGCUUGGGCUGUUAAACCUGAGCAUUUGACUUUGACAUCUCCUUCUAUUGGUGGAACAGCAGAUACUGGACAUGUACAAAUUAUCAACAGUUCUAAUAGGACGUUGACAUUUGAGCUUUCAUGGCCAGCUCACUGCCUGACUGUAACCCCACAACACGGAGUCAUUGACCCAGAGAGCAGUACACUGAUUCUGGUGAGUCCUAACCCCUCACUUGCCACAAAGCCUUCAUUAGUUCCUUGGAGUGGCCUAAUCUACAUCCUUUGUGACCGUGGUCAGAAGUUUGUUGAAGUGCAGAUUGGGGAGGCAGUUGCACGGGGUGUGGCUGGAGCUGACUUCCCACCCAGGAGACAUGAUACGUUUGCUCGACAGCUUGGAAGUCCCACUGUUCAUGUGGCAAAACCUCACUUGGUGCUCCCUCUAACAAAAAUGGAAAUAAAGAACAGGAUGAUUGUAUUUCCUGAAACACUAUCUGGCCAAAGCUCAGAGAGUUACCUGGAAAUGGAGAAUAAAGGGGAUGAAAACGUGAGGUGGCAUUUGUCAUCGUUUGCACCACCCUAUGUUAAAGAUGUGAAUGGAACUGGUUGUGUGUAUAGGGUCACGUACUCCGUGUUCAGAUGCUCCCGUGUUUCUGGGGUGCUUGAAGCUCAUGGAGAAGAGAAGGUUGCUGUAAUGUUUUUACCUAGAGAUAAAGGAGAUUACUCCCAGUUUUGGGACAUUGAGUGUCACCCAGUUGAGAAACCAAGUUGGAAACACAAGUUAAGAUUUCAACUCUGUGGAGCAGGUAUUAAAAGAGGAAAUGCAACUUCGGUUGUGAAAGCUUCUGGGAGUGCCCUCACAAAAAGUGAGCUCCCAGCUAUACCAGAGGUGAAGGCUUACUCUGAAGCAUCUACAACUAAAGCAGGACAAAAUGAGAUGGUAAGAGGAGUGUAUGCACCAGAAGACCUCUACACUUUUCCUACAACUACAGUUGGGGAGUCAUCCACGUUAAAGGUCAACUUGCGGAAUAAUUCCCUUGCAACACACUGGCUGAAAUUCCAAAGUCCCAGGGAGCCUUUCUACAUCAAGCACUCGAAAUAUUGUCUACGGUCCCAUCAUUACAUCAACGUGCCAGUCCAGUUCAAGCCACAGACAGAAGGAGAAUUUGAAGGUCUCUUCAUUGUGCAAACAACCAAAUACAACUCAGUUGUUAUUCGGCUAUGUGGUAAAGCUAUUGCAAAAAACCAGGCAGUUUUAUAA